AUGCAGAAAGUCCAUAAGAUGACAGCAAACUGGGGAGUCGACGUCCCAGAUACACCACAAAAUAUAUUUAGUUGCUCUGCCCUGGAGCUCAAAGACCAGGAAAUCAAUACCAUUAUUACUGAACGACAUCAAGAGUUGGACACGGUCUCGCACGAGACCUUGGACCUCGCGCAUACUGUCAUGGAUAAAACAAAAGACCUUGGCCAGCAGCUUGCGAAAAAGCAGGACAAAAUCAUUGAGUCGGCGAACCUGGACAAGGGACUUCGAUUGGCUCUCGAGGGCUUUCCAACUAAAGUUUUGUCCAAGAUUUUUGACUACUAUCUUAUGGACAGCGAUCAUCUGAGCCACAGAUCAAGCCCGUCUCCCAUGCAGUUGGCCAGACGAUCACAAGAUGAUCCACUCUCAUUACAACUCUGCCCUGGAUACGCCAAAGGUGGGACGGCUAAAUUACGACAGCUUGUUCAACCUUACAUGACCCGAGUCUCAUCUCUUGAUAUUGUAUUCUGGGACGACGUUGAACCAGAACAUUUGCUAGAAGACCUCCCUGCAGGACUUCAAGAGCUUACUGUGUGCUUUGGCGACUGGUUCGAUGCUUCAGCCAUUGCACAAUCUCUCUCACAGCUACCAUCCACUUGCAUGAGGGUUACACAUACGAAUCUUCGAUCCUUGUGCAUCAUUUGUCCCGGGCACUUCCAAUUUAACCCACUCCCUAUACUGUUCAAAGCACUCACACUCCCCAAGUUGCGCACCCUCGAAAUUCGCUAUGGAUUGUUGUCGUCCCCCCAUGAAGAGUUGCUGAUGUUUCUAAGAUGGUUGAAAUGUCCCCUGGAGAUCCUGAUGUUCGACACUGUAGUGAUACCACUGCCGGAGCAGCAGGGCAAUUUUACUGCCAUCAUUCCUACCCUUAAAAUAGAAUACUCUGUAAUAGGCCUGGUGUCUGUUUUGCUCGGGCAACUUUUGAGUAGUUUUUUGACCGACACGGUAGCGGCCAAAUCAGGAAAGGUUUAUAUUAGUGCUAUGCUCGAUGACGAUGCGAUCAGCGGAGUUGAAGUUUGGAAUUCGAACCAUGUAUAUACCGCUUCUCAUUCUCACCUUCCCUGA